CGACGCCUGCUUUACCUGUUACUCCUCCUCGUCCUUCCCCCUCUUUUCUCCCUCUUUUACUUCUUUUCUUUCCAUUUGGUCUCUCCUUUGCGCUACUUUCCUUCGAUUCUCCCAAGCUUAACCGAUCAGUCCCUACCUCCAGCUGCCUGAUCGAUCCUCCGUUCCCUUCCUCGGCUUAGAACCGUUAUCGCCGACCGUCCCGGCUGCCUCCACCGGAGAUCAUCCUCCCACCAUGAAGCCACCCACAUCCUCGUUGCUGAGGUUCCUCUUCCUUCUGGCUGCUCCGCUUAUCUCUCAUGCUGCCUCCGAUUCCUCUGCUCCCAAGGAUGGCCUCUCUCCCUGUGUCGUCCGCUCUCCAACGACCGGCCUAUUCUACGAUCUGAAUACCAUCUCCUUAUCUCCACCCCCGGUAGACGGGGACAAACCUCGCAAAGGCGCCCGAGACGAGAGUUGGCACGCCAGAGGACACGAUUAUAAUGCCAACUUUACGCUAAAUAUCUGUGCGCCCGUGGUUGAAGAUAUCAAGGAUGUGGUGGGAGUGGACCGCUCAAGGUGGAGGAAUGUUAGCGCCUACUAUGAGAGGGAGGGUAAAGUCUACUCCAUUGGUCAACAAGCAUCAGACCCCUUCUUCCGCGGCCGGAAGCUGGUCAUGAACUAUACCAAUGGCUCCCCUUGUGCCGGCGAUUACAUCGGAAAUGCCGCCCGCACCAAAUCCACCAUCAUGUCGUUCCUGUGUGAGCGCGACACUCCUGCCUCCCAGGCGACGGUCUCCUUUGUCGGCACCAUGGACCAGUGCACAUAUUUCUUCGAGGUGCGAAGCUCUGCUGCUUGUGGCGCUACCGCGCCCACACCGGAUAACCCGGGCCUUUCGCCAGGCGGCGUAUUCGGCGUAAUUGCCUUGAUCGCCGUGGCGGCGUACCUAGUCGGUGGUUGCGCAUACCAACGAACCGUCAUGCACCAGCGCGGUUGGAGACAGUGCCCGAACUACAGUCUUUGGGCGGGAAUGCUCGACUUCAUCAAAGUAAGUAUACUGGCGUUAAUUCCGUUCCGACGGUCCCGGCGGCAUGAGCAGGCCUCGUACAAGGAGUUUGGCAAUGCAAGGUUGCCUAUUUCGAGGAUGGAUUGAAUCUGCUUUGGCUGGUCUGGAGCUCAAUUACAUCAGGCGUGCUUGCAUUCCUUCUUUCUUUACGCUUGUCUUUCUUUGCUCGUCCUCGAAGUCACUCGUUUGGAUAUCUAGCCCGUGUUGAACACGGUAUAUACAGUCAUUGCUUGUGCAGGCCUGGCAAAGACGUCCAUAUAGAGCAAGCUGGAAACAUGUCAAUAGUUCGAUUGAUUGAUUCUAGAAAUCUUUCCUUGCUUCACUCAUCUAUCCGAACACAUACAACUGUCUCAUUUGCUAUUCUUCAAGAAUACCAUUCAUUAUACAGAACCCUUAGCUAACACCAUCUCCUCUCUCUCUUCCUCCCCAC